UUAGUGCAAGAUAACAUUAAUAUCUGUUGUCGAUGUCUUAUGAGAUUAAGCAAUACCAAACAUUGUACUGCAAAAGAAAGGUCCAAGUGCGCUCUAACGGAAAGACAACGAACCCCAUUUGUAACUGAGGAGUCGUAGAUAAGAGUCAUGGUCUGGAGACCCCCGAAAUGAUUGUUAAACUAUUGGCUACUGUCUCGUUUCUCGAGGUUGUUUUCAGAUGUGAACCUGACAACCCUUGCUUUCCGGAAUUUCGUAAGUAGGCUUUUAUUCGUGAAUAAACGUAUGAUGAUUGGAUGGUCUCAAUUUUCAGAGUUUUCCCAUUGUAUCGAAGCGUCUAAGAAUUACCAAAAUACUGACCAUAUAUCCGAAAUCAAUGAAUCAUCAAUCCAAGAUUGUUCCGAUGCCUGUCAAUCCAAUGCAGAAUGCGAUCAUGGGGUAUAUUUGUCUAAUUUGCGACAAUGCAUUCUUAAAGACAAAAAGGGAACCAGUGUACCGACGACAAACAACCAUCUUUUCACGAUUCCAAAACUAUGUGUUCCAGGAUGUUCCAUGGAUGGAACAGACUAUAGUGGUCACAAUAUAAUGUCAUUUGACACACACGAUGCUUUUGAAUGCCAGGAGUUAUGCCAAGCUAACCCUGACUGCGUUGGAGUGGUUUGGAUUCGGCCGUAUCAUUCUUUUCGUCCACGAGGAUGUUAUCUCAAACGUUUGAUGAACGUGGCAAAUCAAAAAUCUCUAGCUGGGACGAUUUCUUUGCCGAAGUAUUGUCUGAACAGUCACAAAGCCCAGGGGAGUUUCUUCGUAUUUGAAGACUCGGCGUAUCAAUUCAUUGGUGAAAAAAUGAGCUUUAGUCAAGCCAGACAGACUUGUCGGGAUCGUCAGGGUUCUUUGGCAUCCAUGGAGACUAAAGAGGAAUACCUCUUUAUCUAUUCAGCUAUUCUCCAAUUAAAUGUGUUUAAUUCAACGACCUUUUCUGGCAACUACCAUAUUGGGCUGACCAAACAUAUCGACGGAUAGCAGUGGGACUCUGAAUUGGAAUACGACCUCAGCGCUUGGUGUUCAGAACCACAUCUGAAUCAUUUUCAUGCCGCUUUUAAUGCUGAAAGGUCUUUUCUGACUUCGUGGUCGCGGGAUGCUCAACCACUGGAGUCAGUUGUAUGCGAAUU